CAGCCCGCAGUGAGGAAGAGAAGUGGGCGAGGCCUCACUGGCACAACAGCGCCACUUUUGAGCGGUCCGUCAACAACAACACACCGCAGAAGUUGUCAGACAGUUGUCAAGGAAAACGGAAACAACACUACGACGAUAAAUCCCUCAGUUAUAUGUGGAAGGUCAAAGAUGGUUCAAGACAGCGCUCACAUUAGGCAGCGGGGUGCCCAGGACUUCAUGGCAUACUAUGACUUUGCCUGUGCCAGGCAGGAAUCGGUCCCUCUCCCCGCUGUUAAGAUGAACCUGGACAAAGGGAUGUUGGACUUUAAUGGUGACAGGGUCAAACUCACAGACUGGCCACCCAUUCUCAACUCUAUCUGCAUCAACAAACAUCUGCACCACAUUGCAAUAAGUAGCACAUACCAAGCUAGUCUGGGAUCUGGAGACGCGGAUAGAAGGUACUAUAAGUCUAGCCUCAGGAAGAAGAUCCCAGCCAUUCGCUCUAAGGACAUGACAUUUAAGUUGUGCAAGGCCCUCAGAGAGUGUCUGACUGUCUCUCCCAAGCUCAAGACUCUGCAGCUUAAUGGACUUCCACUGAGAGAGAGGGACCUCAUCACCUUGACCAAGGGUUUGUCAAAAAGUGUUUCAUUGGAAAACCUAUCUUUGGCCAACUGUCCAGUCUCUGAUGAGGGCUUAGAGGUCAUUUGCCAAAGUGUAAAGUAUUCUACAAGCAUCAGGACGGUAGAUUUUACAGGCUGCAAUCUCACCUGGAGAGGGGCAGAGCACAUGGCCAACAUCAUCAAGCAUCAGGGAAUGCAGAGGCAUGGUACCGCAUGGGCAGAGUCACUGAGGUAUCGACACCCGCAGUUUGAGGGAAUGGGAGGUCUCCGCCGUGUCACCCUUAACUGUAACACUUUGAUUGGGGACCGGGGUGCUGCUGCUCUUGCACACGAACUGGUGGAGGACCUCUGGGUUAAAGCUGUGGACCUACAGAGGUGCGGUCUGUCCAGUGAUGGAGCACGUCGCUUGCUGGAAGCCUUAAAAACUAAUUCUACUCUCUGUGUGCUGGACAUUCGUAGUAACCCUCUGGUUGACAAGGUCCUCAUCAAAACUGUAAUAGAGAAAGUGCUGAUGAAUUCUGAUGGACAGUCACCAGAGUACUGCUGGAUCAAGCCUGCAGCCACAGAGCCACAAAGAGUUCCGGGCCCAAAGAGGAGAGCACUGCCCGGUACAGUCAGAGGAAAAGCUGCAUUCAGGAUAGGCAUGUCCACUCGUAAAGGGUCAUCUGGAGGGCAGGGCUCAGGUGCUGCUCAGACACAGAAGUCCUAUUCACGUUCCUGUUACGUGCCUUGGCGUGCUGCUGCACGAGCUGGACGCCAGAGAGGUAUGCCUCCUGGAGUCCGUGUGAUAGAUCAGAGCUUUCAGGGUGCAGCUACUGUAAAGAUUACUGUGGAGUCAGAUACAGAUGAAGAGGAGGGUGAGGAAGAGGAAGAAGUGGUGGUGGAAGUGGAGCAGAGACCAUCUUCUCUUAGACUUCAAGAGAGGAUCACUGGACGGCAGUUUGAACAUCUGCAGAUGGAGCUAAAAGAGUGUCGUCUGAGGCUGGCAGAAGAGCGCAGAGCCAGACUGAAAGCUGAGUCAAGGCUCAUCGAGUAUGAGCUGGAGAAUGCCCGUCUGCGUAACACCAACCUGUCCCUGUCAGAGGCACUUGCAGCCACUGGCUCUGCAUCAGCACCACCUGCUAUCAGUGCUCUUGAAGAUGAAGCAGUACUAGAGAGCAUCGAGAGCUCAUUUACCAAGUUUCAUUCUUUCCUGGAUCUCCUUAAGGAUGCUGGCUUAGGUCAGCUCGCUUCAAUGGCUGGAAUUGACAAGUCAGAUUUCCAGCCUCUGGGACGACCUCAGCUCUCCUCUACAAUAGGGCCACGUUUGGACGGUGCAGCAUCACAGACUAGAGAGCAGUAUCAGGAUGUUUGGGCAAAGACUGAUGCUUUGUCUGUGGUAACGGGAGGCAGCGUCCUGCCUGCUCCCCCUGGUAGACUGGCAAACACCACCACUCCUCCAUCCUCUGUCAGGGAGUUUUUGCGUGAGGACAGGAUGCUAGAUGUGACCUUCAAUCAGGAUUCUGGACCUGCAGUAGCCCCUUGUUUAGGUGGAGAGGGUGAACCAGAUAAAUAUUCAAUGCCUGUUACCCAGCAUGACUCCGGUUCAGAGCACAGUUUCUGUAGCCAGAAAUCCUUUGAUAAGGUGUACUUUGGCAAAACUUUUCAGACACAACCAAGCCACCCCAACAGCAACAGCAACUCUCACAGAAGCAACGGUUCCUAUGGAUACAGCUUCAACAACAGCUCUGCUAACAGUCAUGCUUCCCAUAGCAAUGGGUCUCAUGGUGAAUCGUCCGGAAGAUCAAGUGUUAGUGAGCAAGGUAGAGUCAAAGAACAGGAGAAAAGGGGAAGGAAGUGACAGUAGGUUAGUCAGGGUCAGGCUAUCCUGGGAUGGAGACUCUGGAAAGGAUCAGGUCUCUGGAAGUGAAACCAGAGAACGAAUCCUUCUAACCAGCUGACCAGAGUUACAUAAAAAGCUCUGUCUCUCUGUGUCUGGAUUUAAGACCAAAAUUCUUUUAUCUUCAGUUUUAGCAUUAAAAGUCAGUUAAACAUAUUAUUGCAUUUAAGGAGAGGUAGAGUGACGUCCUAUGAAAUUUAAAAUUGAGUUACUAAUGGAGAUGAAGGUGUCAAAAAAUGCAAUGCAAUGUAUAUUUUUGUAUUUACAUUUUAUCCUGUUUUUGCAAAUGCAUUUUGCACCGGUGGUCAUGUACAGUAAACAGUUUCAUUUAGUAAAGUGUGGUAGUAAAUAUUUGGGUUUCCAACCAAACACCACCUCAAUCAAGUCUAAAUUUAAAUCGACAGAUCAAGUUCCUCCUCAUGUGUUCCUGUUUCAAGUGAGAACUUCAAAGCCUUUUCACAUGAGUGUUAACUAAAGAAAAAUGUCUGUUUCUCGUUUACUAAUCCUCUUGUUUUGGCUGUUUUACACACAAUAUUUUUUUUUAUUUUUAGAAGUAAGAGCUGAAGAACUGAUGUUGCCUUUUGCUGUUGUCUGUGUUAGGAUAGACUGCACUGCUCUUAGAUUUCUGUUUUUAAUAAACAGCAGUUUCAAGUUGU